AUGGCCGAAGCAGAAGACAACGAGCCCACCUCGUCCGAGCGCGAGGACCAAACCAAAGCUAACAAGAAGAAGAAUCGCAAGAGAAAAAGACCAAACAAGACCACGCAAAAACAAGAGGAGAAGAACGAUGAUAAAAUUGAUAGCGCGCUGACACAAACCGAAGAUGAAGAAGAAGAAGAAGAUGAACGAAAAGAUGAAGAGAUAAAGGUGAGCAAUAACGAUUCGUCGGGAAUCAUGAGUUCCGAGUCUUUCUCCUCCCUUAGCUUGUCCGAACCUACUUCCAAAGCCAUUGCGGACAUGGGCUUCCACCGUAUGACUCAGAUUCAAGCGAGGGCGAUUCCGCCGCUGCUGAUCGGAAAGGACGUGCUGGGUGCUGCGAGAACGGGUGCUGGGAAAACCCUAGCGUUUUUGGUUCCGGCGGUGGAGUUGCUGUACAACGCUCAGUUCACUCCGCGGAACGGUACGGGUGUUGUUGUGAUAUGUCCGACGAGGGAACUCGCGAUUCAGACGCAUGCCGUGGCCAAGGAGCUGCUGAAGUACCAUUCGCAAACGCUCGGCUUGGUGAUUGGGGGUUCAGGGCGAAGGGGAGAGGCUGAGCGCAUUGUGAAAGGGGUGAACCUAUUGGUGGCGACGCCGGGUAGGCUUCUCGAUCACCUUCAAAACACGAACGGGUUCAUAUAUAAAAACUUGAAGUGCCUCAUGAUUGAUGAAGCCGACAGGAUAUUGGAAGCAAACUUUGAGGAGGAGAUGAAGCAGAUUAUUAACAUACUUCCAAAGCAAAGGCAAACGGCUUUGUUUUCAGCCACACAAACAAAGAAGGUUAAGGAUCUGGCCCGCUUAUCUUUUCAAACAACUCCUAUCUAUAUUGAUGUAGAUGAUGGGAGAAAAAAGGUUACUAAUGAAGGAUUGCAACAGGGUUAUGUUGUUGUUCCCUGUGCUAAGCGUUUUGUUGUUCUCUACUCAUUAUUGAGGAGAUAUCAAACAAAAAAAGUGAUGGUUUUUUUCUCUUCAUGCAACUCUGUCAAAUUCCACGCAGAACUUCUCAAAAGUGCUGGUUUGGACUGCUUAAAUAUUCAUGGAAAACAAAAGCAACAUGCCCGUACUUCUACAUUCUUCAACUUCUGCAAAGCUGAAAAAGGAAUCUUGCUCUGUACUGAUGUUGCUGCUCGAGGACUUGACAUACCUGAUGUGGACUGGAUUGUGCAGUAUGAUCCACCUGAUGAACCAAAGGAAUAUAUCCAUAGGGUUGGUAGAACAGCUCGUGGGGAAGGUGGAAAAGGAAAUGCUUUACUUUUCCUAAUACCUGAAGAAUUGCAAUUUCUUCACUAUUUGAAGGCAGCAAAGGUUCCUGUGAAAGAGUAUGCAUUUGAUAAUAAGAAGCUGGCGAAUGUACAAUCUCAUCUGGAGAAGUUGGUGGCUGGCAUUUAUCAUUUGAACAAUAUGGCUAAAGAUGCAUAUCGGUCAUAUAUAUUAGCAUAUAAUGCACAUUCUAUGAAAGAAAUAUUCAAUGUUCAUCGGCUAGAUUUACUGGCUGUUGCUGCUUCAUUUUGUUUUUCCAACCCACCGAAGGUGAAUCUGAACAUAGAUAGCAGUGCUUCGAAGCAUAGGAAGAAAAUAAGCAAAGUGGAAGGGAAGAGAAGAUGA